AUGAAUUAUACAACAGAUGAAAAACUUUCUUUACAUCAUCAUAAAAAUCGUGAAAAUCACGAGUUUGAUCUCGUAAGUGGGAUUAAAAUAACGAAAGAAACGUUGGAUAUAAUUGUCGCAUCAAAAGAUGGUCGUCAUUUACAAGAAUUAGAGACUUCUGUCACUAUAAUUGAAAACAUUACCCCCAACACCAAUAAACAACCCCAUCAACAUAAUCAUGAAUCGAUCAUGAAUCGAAUUCGAGAAGGGGUAUUUAAGAAUCGUAACAGUUGCGCUUACUUUGCUUUAACGAUCUUAUUAUUAAGUGCUAUUAUCAUCGGUGGGGUUAUCUUUUAUUUUAGAGAUGUUAGUAAGAUGUAUAAUGACGAAAAUCAACACUUACCAAAUGACGAGUAUUAUGUAAGGAUCGAUGACUGUGAAGAAGAUGAUGAUAAUAAGACCACCGUAGAAGAAUCAUCAACCUAUGACGAAAAGAAUGUCACGGAAGACAAUACAACCACGGAGCAGGAUCAUAAUCUUACUCAAGUUUCAUUUAAUGAUGCUCAUUUUGGCCCUACUUCCACUCUCGAACCACCGCUUUAUUCUUCCAAUACAAAUCAUGAAUUAAUCUCUGCAGCUUCAUUGAAUCCUCUAACAAAUCCUAUUUUAGAAUCUUAUGCAACAAUUCCUCCUCCUCUUGCAUUCAACAAUUCUUUAGAAAAUAAUAGAGAAAUGGCUUCAGGAAGCCCUUUAUCUAUCGAAACAUAUCUUCAAAAUUGGGAAAAAGUUUGUUCAAACUUUUAUACGAAUGAUGAUAAACUUGCAGGCACAAUCGUUGGACUUGUAGAAUUUGCUUCUCAUUCUAACGGGGAAGUAACCUUAAAUUUUUCCAACGUUGACAAAACUAUGGUGGAAAAUGAAAAAGAUUUAGAACAACUUUUUAAUAAGAUUGGAUUUAACAACGGUGUAAUGUUAUUUCCAAAAGAGUUCGAUAAAUAUCUUGAAACAAAACGUAAAAUACGAUCAGAAUUCCAUCGUAAGAAAGCCAUAGAACUUCAUGAAGAAUUAAACGGUUUAUUAAAUUCUAAACCGGCACAAUAUACAUCUUUACAUCGUCAUUCGGAAUUAUCGACUUUUGUUAAGCAAUAUAAAAGUUCGAUAGGUGCAAAACCUUUCAUUAAAUCGUUAUUACGUAUGUUUCAAUUACAAUUAAGACAAUCAACUUUAAUAAGCUGGACCUUUUUGGAUGAUAUAUUUACUCAAAAUGGUCCCGAUUUUAUGAGAGCUAGCGUUAAUUUAUUAGUUAACGUUUUGGGUUUCACUCAUACGAUUCAGCAAGCUGAUGAAAGUGGUCAAGGAGAUAAUUUGAGAACUUGGUAUAUGAACAGUUCAUUAAGUGAUACCAAUAUUAAAUCUUUAAUUGGAACCUUUCCAAAAGAAAAUUCUUUUGGUAAUGUAGGUGCAACUGGUUCCAUAGAAUUAUCUUCACAACAAAGACCUAUCGAAAUGACUUCUUCUAGAGGAAAUAUUAUUAGCAGGUUAUGUUAUUUACCUAUAAACAUUCUUUUGUUCUGGUGGGGUCUUGCAAGAAUGUGGUUAGAUUUUUGUUUUGGAAUCAUCGGAUUUAAAAAGAACAAACCGGAGGAUUCUUCUGAGUUGCGUGUCUAA